GAUUUUUUGCUGCUACCCUAUAUGAAAAGGCGAAACAGAACGGAGUGUGCAGGUAAAUAAUGACCACCGCAGUUUGCCUUCAACAAUCGAUAAGGAAGCUCAUUGCUUUGAAUCUCUGCCGGAAUAAUCAACGUGUUUUUGUAGAAUACAAAACGAGGAUAACUAUUAAAACAUGAAUUCAGCUGAAUGGUUCAGUGAAAUAUCGGAGGAGCUUUGGCCGAAUCAAUGUUUCUCCUUGAAAGUGAAAAAUGUUCUUCACGAAGAACGCUCAAAAUUCCAGGAUAUUAAAGUACUUGAAACUUACUCGCAUGGAACUGUCUUGGUUCUGGACGGCAUCAUCCAAUGUACAGAGCGAGAUGAGUUUGCCUACCAGGAAAUGAUUUCAUUUCUCCCUCUGUGCUGUCAUCCUAAUCCCAAGAAAGUUCUUAUCGUCGGUGGUGGAGAUGGUGGUGUAGCCCGAGAAGUGGUUAAACAUCCCCUGGUGGAAGAGGUGCACCAAGUGGAAAUCGACGACCGCGUGAUUGAACUCUCCAAAAAGUAUCUUCCCUUUAUGGCAUGCGGUUUUGAUUCGCCCAAGCUUAAACUUACAAUCGGCGAUGGUUUCGAGUACAUGAAGCAAAGAGAAGGAGAAUUUGAUGUCAUCAUCACCGACAGUAGUGAUCCGAUUGGGCCGGCCGAGACGUUGUUUCAGGAAUCGUACUUUAUGUUAGCAAAGAAAGCACUGCGACCAAAUGGAAUAAUUUGCUCGCAAGGUGGAUCCUUCUGGAUUGAUACUGAGCACAUCAAAAAUACGCUGAACCACUGCAGGAAACAUUUCGCUGUUGUAGGGUACGGAAUGGCAUCCGUACCAUCUUAUCCAACUGGUAAUAUAGGGUUCUUCAUCGCAAGUUUGAAUGAGAAUACAAAACUGAACGAGCCAACAAAGACCUUCACCGAUGAAGAAAUUGACAACAUGAAAAUGCGCUACUAUACUUCUAAUAUCCAUCGAGCUGCAUUUACGCUGCCUAGAUAUGCCGCUAAACACCUCUACUGACCUGCGCGCUAGCUUAGCUGGCUAAAAACUAUUGUACAAUUCAAUUGUACCUUUGAUUUUUUGAAACUUUAUAUUUUGCUCAUGGUGUACAUUUUAUAUACAAUUUUAAUAUACACAAAUAUUAACAAAUAAAA